AUGAUUCCAUCCAUCAUCUUAUGUUAUCUGCAAUUGAUCGGAUUGGCUUAUGUUGUCAUCGUUUUAAUGGGUGCACCAUUCUUAACAGAUAUCGUACGCACACUGGUGUUGAGUAUUUACAUUGUGUUGAUUGGCUUCACACCGAUAGUUGUUCGUUAUCAGGGAAAAGUAAACGACAUUUAUCAGUUGUUAAUGGCGAAAUCAAAGAACGAUUUUCUCAUGCGAAAUUUGGCGUGGGGAACGAUGUUCGGUGCUUGGCUGGGUGCAAUACCAAUUCCGUUGGAUUGGGAUCGCUGGUGGCAACGAUGGCCGAUUACAUGUCUUGUUUCAUCAACCAUGGGAGCAGGACUCUCUGUGAUUCUUUCCUAUGUGUGGUUAAGGAGGCAUACAUUCGACAUGGCUAAAUUAACGGCAAGUCAAGAGCAAGAAUUACGUGAAGCAUUCGAUCUCUUUGAUUCAGACCAUUCGGGUAGAAUCUCGAGAAUGGAAUUGAAGAGGGUGCUUCAAGCUUUGAACAUCAAAGUGUCUGACAAUGAAUUACAACAAUUGAUGGUACAGAUGGAUAGUGACAACAGUGGAGAGAUUGAUUACAAUGAAUUUAAAGAAGUAAUCGGCGCUUCAUUUUUUCGAAAAUAUUCCAAGCAAGAACUUCAAGCAGCUUUUAAAAAAUUCGAUACGGACAAUAGCGGUUACAUAACAUCGCAUGAACUUAGCCAUAUUUUAUCACGAAUGGGAAGACAUAUUAGUCAAAAUGAAGUUGAAGCUAUGGUUAAAUCGUUGGAUGCAAGUGGCGACGGAAAAAUCUCAUUUGAAGAGUUCUGUAAACUAUUUGAUUAA